AUGCAUCUGCUGUUGUUUCUGUUUGUCUGCAUCUGGACUGCUGUAGCUUCCCAGCACCGCCUAGUGGACGAUAUCUGCACUGCCAAGCCACGAGAUAUCCCAGUAAACCCAAUAUGUAUCUACCGUAACCCAGACAAGACACCCCAAGAAGGUGUGAGUGAAGGGCCUGAGGAGGAGAAAAUCCCCGACUUUACCAACCCUCGUGUCUGGGAGCUAUCCAGGGCCAAUUCCCGCUUUGCCACUCUCUUCUACAAGAGCCUGGCGGACUCAAAGAACGACAAUGAGAACAUAUUUAUGUCCCCUCUCAGCAUCUCCACAGCCUUUGCCAUGACCAAGCUUGGGGCAUGUGGAAGCACACUGGAGCAACUCAUGAAGGUUUUCCAGUUUGACACUAUUUCAGAGAAGACAUCGGACCAGAUCCAUUUCUUUUUCGCCAAACUGAACUGCCGCCUGUACAAGAAAGCCAACAAGUCCUCAGAGUUGGUGUCAGCUAACCGCCUGUUUGGAGAGAAAUCCCUGGUCUUCAACGAGACCUACCAGAACAUCAGUGAGGUGGUUUAUGGAGCCAAACUCUGGCCUCUGAACUUCAAGGAGAAGCCAGAACUGUCCAGGAGUCUCAUUAAUGAGUGGGUUGCGAAUAAAACUGAGAGGCGCAUCACAGAUGUGAUCCCACAAGGAGCCAUUAAUGAUCUUACUGUUCUGGUGCUGGUCAAUACCAUUUACUUUAAGGGCCACUGGAAAUCAAAGUUCCGUCCUGAGAACACAAAACUGGAGAAGUUCUUCAGAGCCACGGACGAGCCUUGCUUUGUGCCUUCAAUGUUCCAGGAAACUGCAUUCCGCUAUGCCUCUAUCCCAGGCUCCAAAGUGCAGGUGCUGGAGCUUCCGUACAAAGGAGAUGAUAUCACCAUGGUGCUGAUCCUGCCCUUUAGGGACACCCCUCUAGUAAAUGUGGAGAGGGGGCUGACGUCAGACAUCUUACAAGGCUGGCUGAAUGCCCUCCAAGAGGUCACCCUCUCGGUAUAUUUGCCCCGUUUCCAGGUAGAGGACAGCUUCAGCGCGAAGGAAAAGCUUUACCAAAUGGGCCUGGAGGAUCUUUUCAACCCUGCAACGGCCAAAUUGCCAGGCAUAGUUUCCGGUGGCCGUGACGAUCUUUACGUAUCCGAUGCUUUCCACAAAGCUUUCUUGGAGGUGAAUGAGGAAGGCAGUGAGGCGGCAGCUGCCACGACAGUUGUGAUGAUGGGCCGUUCGUUUCCGGCACCCAGGGUAGUCUUCAAUGCCAACAGGCCUUUCCUGGUGUUAAUAAGGGAAGUUGCCAUCAAUGCCAUCCUCUUCAUGGGCAGAGUAGCCAACCCUUGUCCAUAAACCUCUUAGCUGUUCCCUGGUGGCCUCAGCUCUG